AUUCCCUAGAUAAGAUAUGGGCCUCUUUGUCAAUCCGGCAUGAGAAUAAGGCUUAAACAGAGGUGCCGAGCCGGGGAGGCUCAGCUGAUGGCAGAAAUAACUGCGGUGUGCAGCCAGAGGUGGACGUGGACUUUAAUCCCUCCGGCUGCUUCCCCAGGGCGCUGUGGUGACAGCGGGGUCUGCAGAGAGGCCAUGACCACCUAGCAGCCCCCAGCCCUGGGCAUCUCGGCGGGCUCGAGAUGGCGGCGCAGAGGAUCCGGGCAGCCAACUCCAGCGCCCUGCCGCGCUGCAAGUCGGAGGGGACGCUCAUUGACCUCAGCGACGGCUUCUCAGAAAGCAGCCUGUGCGACGUCAAAGUGCCUUCUCCUAGUGCCUUGCUGGUUGACAAUCCCACAUCCUUUGGAAAUGCGAAGGAAGUAAUAGCAAUCAAAGAUUACUGUCCGACUAACUUUACCACUUUGAAGUUCUCCAAGGGGGACCAUCUUUACGUCUUAGACACAUCAGGAGGUGAGUGGUGGUACGCUCACAAUACUACAGAAAUGGGUUACAUCCCUUCUUCCUACGUCCAGCCCGUAAACUACCGCAACUCUUCCUUGACGGACAGCGGGAUGAUAGACAAUCUACUGGAGAGCCCUGAUGAGGGGGUCAAGGAGUUAGACCUGCUUGGAGAAUGGACUGACGUGAAAAGAAACUCUCUGAAAACCAACAACAACAACCCUUUCUUGAACGGAGUCCAGACAAACCCGUUUCUGAAUGGGAAUUUACAAACAUUGACCAGCUCAGACAGAGAGCCCAACUCUAAAAUGUCUGUUGACUUGUUGCUCUUUGACACAGGGCCUCCUACUUCAACAGUUUCUAGCUCGGUCGCUAAUAGCAGCAUGGGUAAUAUUUUUGAUGAAUUUCCAUCCGCAAACAGGCUGGACCUGGAAAGCCCAGUGAAAAGGGACAAUCCCUUCUUCAGAAGUAAACGCUCUUACAGUUUGUCUGAACUGUCUGUUCUUCAAGCGAAGUCGGAUACUCCAGCAUCGUCAGGUUUCUUCAACGGUUUGAAGUCUCCCACUCCUGAGCAAUUCCAGAGCCGGGAAGAUUUUAGAACCGCGUGGUUGAACCACAGGAAGCUGGCCCGGUCUUGCCACGACUUGGAUUUGCUUGGCCAAAAUCCUGGCUGGGGUCAGACACAACCAGUGGAGACCAAUAUUGUCUGCAAACUGGAUAGCUCUGGUGGAGCUGUUCAGCUUCCAGACACCAACAUCAGCAUCCAUGUGCCAGAGGGUCAUGUGUGCCCUGGGGAAACGCAACAGAUCUCCAUGAAAGCUAUGCUAGACCCACCACUGGAGCUGAACAGUGACAAGUGCAGCACCAUCAGCCCCGUCCUGCAGAUCAAACUCAGCAACAUGGAGGUGAAAACAUUUAUUAUUCUGGAGAUGAAGGUGUCAGCAGAGGUCAAGAACGACAUCAUGAGCAAGAGUCUGGUAGGACUGCAGUGCCUACGGAGCGACAUGAAAGAGGGACCAUACACACCCAUGCAGCUGAGCUAUGCAUAUGGGGACACGAUACAGGUGCAGCUGGAGAACCUAGAGCCUUGCAUGUACAUCGCGGCCGUAGCUCAAGGGCAGAACAUCGUCUACCCUUACACUGUUUGGGAUUACAUCAGCAAGAAGAUCACGGUUGGUGUCUAUGGCCCAAAACAUAUUCACCCUUCCUUUAAAACAGUUGUGGCCGUGUUUGGGCAUGAAUGUGCACCCAAGACUCUCCUAGUGAACGAGGUCACGAGGCAGUCUCACAGCCCAGCUCCGGUUGCCCUGCAGCUCUGGGGUAAGCACCAGUUUGCUCUGUCCCGGCCUCAGGACCUCAAGCUCUGCAUGUUCUCCAACAUGACCAACUACGAGGUGAAAGCUAGCGAGCAAGCCAAAAUUGUGCGAGGCUUCCAGAUGAAGCUGGGCAAGGUCAGCCGCCUCAUCUUCCCCAUCACCUCCCACGACCCCAAUGAGCUCUCAGACUUCACACUAAGGAUACAGGUCAAGGACGACAAGGAUGCCAUUUUGACGCAGUUCUGCGUCCAGACACCACAGCCACCUCCUAAAAGUGCCAUCAAACCGACAGGGCAGAGGCGGUUCCUUAAGAAGAAUGAGGUUGGAAAGAUCAUCCUUUCACCUCUGGCUGCCACUGCCAAGUAUCCAGUUUUUCAGGACCGGCCAGUGCUGAGCUUGAAGUAUGGCAAACUGCUGAAAACCGUGGUGCGGCAAAGCAAGAACCACUAUUUGCUGGAGUACAAGAAAGGAGAUGUCAUAGGCCUCCUCAGUGAGGAGAAGAUCAGGUUGAAGGGGCAGCUGUGGACAAAAGAGUGGUAUAUUGGCUACUACCAGGGCAAGAUAGGCCUUGUGCACACCAAAAACGUGCUGGUGGUUGGAAAGGUCAAACCCAGCUACUUCUCUGGGCCUGAUCUCACCACCAGCCUGUUGCUCGAGCAAAUCCUGAGGCCCUGCAAAUUCCUGACCUACAUCUACGCCUCUGUGAGGACUCUGCUCAUGGAGAACCUCAACAGCUGGCGGUCUUUCGCUGAUGCACUGGGGUAUUUGAACUUGCCGCUCACGUUUUUCUGCCGAGCAGAGCUGGACAGCGAGCCAGAGCGUGUGGCCUCCGUGCUGGAGAAGCUGAAGGAAGACUGCAACAACACAGAGAACAAGGACAGGAAAUCUUUCCAGAAGGAGCUGAUGACGGCCUUGCUGAAGAUGGACUGCCAGGGGCUGGUUGUCAGGCUGAUCCAGGACUUCGUGCUGCUGACCACAGCCGUGGAGGUGGCCCAGCGCUGGAGGGAGCUCGCCGAGAAGCUCGCCAAGGUCUCCAAGCAGCAGAUGGAUGCCUAUGAGGCCCCACACCGGGACAAGACCGGGGUGGUGGACAGCGAGGCCAUGUGGAAGCCCGCGUACGACUUCCUCCUCACCUGGAGCGGCCAGAUGGGCGACAGCUACCGUGACGUGAUUCAGGAGCUGCACACGGGGCUGGACAAGAUGAAGAACCCCAUCACCAAGCGCUGGAAGCAUCUCACCGGCACCCUGAUCCUCGUCAACUCCUUGGACAUCCUCCGGGCAGCUGCCUUCAGCCCACAGGACCACGAGGAUUUUGCCAUCUAGCGCAGCUCCCUGCAGCGAUACUUUUGUCCACGUCUCAUUUGAUGUCGGUGUCCAUAUUUCUCUGUGUUUUGUCCCUUUUUUAUAGCGGUUGAUUUUAAAAACACGUGGAGAUUGCUCUCCCCAGGUUUCAAGAGGCCAAAGUUUGCAAGUUCUCAGCAGGACUGGAAAUCAGCAGGAGACGACCCUCCUCCUGAUGGGAAUGCAUCCAGAAGGGAUGGCUUUUCAUACAGAAUUGAUAUUGGUUAAACUAUUUCUUACUACGAAGUUUAAAAGGGGCAAGGGGUGGGGAGGGGAGUGGGAGGGAUCACAAAAGAAAACACAUUUUUUAAGCAUUUACAAAUAAAAAUCUAAUUUUUUUAAUGAGCAGUAAAGGUUGUAACCACUUUGGAGGGAAGCUGUUGCUGUUUUUUAUGUUGUAGAAACUGCUUUUAAAUUAUCAUUUUUGAGAUGAACGUGACUCAUGUAAAUAUGUAUUUAAGACGAAGCACAGUGAAUGCCCUGUGCCACUGCCGUGGUCAGGUUUUGGCAAACUCCCAGACACGACUGUUUGUAGAGCACCAUAUGAACUUGGGAUGUCCUCAGCCCAGCAAGCAUCUUACACCAGAAAGGAGCUUUUUUUUUUUUUUUUUUUUUCCCCCCUAUGUUCACAGGCCAUAUGACCUCUCUGGUUUAUUUUUUUUUAUUAUUAUUAUUUUUGUAGCCUACCUGCAAACAUGCAUUUUAUCAUCUGUGGACAGGGAGAUGCGCAUUGCCUGUGUUCAGAUGCGUGGGUACUGUUUUUACCAUGAGAAGUGACACUGCCCCGGUGCUUGGCCAAUGUUUCAUCCCACCUGGGUGCUGCAGGACGUGUCUGGAAGAAGCUGGAAGCUUGGAGUUCAGAAGCUCCUUGCUGCCUGGUGAGAUAGGUGGGAGGGUGCUGAGAGUGGUUUGCCCUGCCAUUGCAGCAAAUUACUUGGGUGCUCCUCUCCAGAAGCUUGUACUCUGGGGAGGAGGCCAGAAAAGGGGAGGGAAUCGUUGCAAUCUAUAUAUUAUCACCUUACCAAGAAAAAAAAAAAAAAGGAAGAAAAGAAAAGAGAAAAUGUUUCUCCUAUUUGAAAUCUACUCUCGAGCUCAACAGAGAUGUUCCAGAUGUGUUAUGUGACUUAAUGCUCGUUGCCAUUGAUUUCACAGGGCUUUGAAUGGGGCUGUUCAAGGCUGCUGAGUUCCAGAUGAACUUGUAAAUAUCCUUUGCUAUAAAGCUGGUGCCAUCAUUGAGCUAAAUAUUUGUGGUACCAAGUGCCCAUACUUUCCCCUGGUGUUUUAUAGCUGACUUUUGAAUGACCUCCCCUCUUCCUUCUGCCCCCAAGCCUUGAAAUAUUUUACAUAGGAGGGAAAUAUUUUUGCACAGAAAAAUCACUUUAUUUUAAGUGCAAAGUCUCUUUAUAGCGGAAUGCUGCUACCACCGAAAGGUUAGUUGUUAAGGAUUGUUUUCUUUCAGGUUGAACCAGAAAAAGUUAAAAAAAAAAACAAAACAAAACAGUGUGGGGAAAGUACCUUUUAAAAGGCUGGUAGCAGCACACAAGAAGGGCUGCAUGGCCUUGCUGCCAGGCAGGCUCGUGGCUCUAGACUUCAUUUCUCCACCACGAAGCUCCUAGGAAGCUGCAGGUGACACUAACUCCCCAACAAGAGACAUGUGUGGGGUGAUUUGGCCAGCUCAUGCUGCACAGCACGGUGUGGGUGGUAUGUUCCAGGCAGUGUGUGGGCAUUUGGUGGCCAGCGGUGCUGGCACAGCAGCCUCCAGAGGGAAUGGUCCUCCCACAGCACAGCCUCACAGCUCUCAUUGCCUCUUCCCAAAACCGUGUCCCCAGAAGCAGUCACCCUCACCAGACCCCGCAAGAAGUAAAUAGCACCUUAGUUUCUCCUCAGGGGCUUUAAGGAGUUUCCUAUGCAACAUAAAAUAGCACAGAAACAGGGUCUGCCAGCAGCCGAGCCCGCGAUGCGUUUGCUUUCUCUCUACGACAGCAGGGUACUGUAAGAGCACGUUUUCCUUACACCAAGCAAAAACCUCCAAUGCAAUAAGGAAAAGCUCCUGCAAGAGACCCAACCCUGUGUCAGCAGGCAGAUCUGCUGACAGACAGCAGGCAGAGGGAUGGCUUCCUCACCUGCUUUGCCCAGAUUUUGCCUUUUGUUGCUCAAAAACAGCGUGGGCUGCACAGAGCUCCCCAAUGGCUGAGCUGGGCCAGGUUGUUUGCAGCAGGUGAGGGCAGCCCCUACCCUCCUGGGCAGAAGUUUUACCCUCCCGUGACUCUGACAAGAUGGGGACAUCCCCAAAUAAUUUCAGCACUUCCCCUCCCCGCCCUUGGUUUUUCUAACUACCUCAGGUACUCUAUACCCAGCUCAACAUUUCACAGUGGCAGCCUGAAACUUGCCAUGCUCAGCCCCUCGGCUGUGCACACCCUCCCUGAGGAACGCGGGAGUAUGGCCAGCACAUUUUGGGGUCCGUGGGGUAACCACUGCAUUAAUUUGUCCUUGUCCUCGGUCAGAAAUCCAGUCUCUCCUCACGUGCUGGGACUGGGCGUGCGUCCUUCGGAUGCCUUCUGCCCACUAUUCAUCAAGCCCGUCUCUGAAACCUGUGUCUGGGCUCUGCGUUGCCACAGUUUGUGCAGUAACUGGUUAUUGUACUUACCAUUUAUGUUCUUUUCUUUUUAAAGGAAAAUGUUUUUGGAAAAAAAAAAAAUACUGCAAUUAAAGCUGUUACUAUUCCAGUG